GCUGUUCGUUUCCCGCACUCUACGCUCUUUGCAUCUGGCCGUUAAAAACAGUCGUUUUGUCGGUUAGGGGUAGCUUGAGUGUUUAAGUUGGGGUUCAAUUUGGCUUUUAGUUGAUCAAAUUUUUCGGUUUUUGGUUAUUAGAAACUCGUAGGUGUGUUAGAGGAAUGGCAUCGAUAAAAAUUCAUCAGGAUCAGGAAAACCGGGUCCCGGAAUUGCGUCGAAAAUCUGCAACGACUGCUCAGCAAAAACGAGGCGUUUUAGGAGAAAUUGACAGUAAUAAAGUCAGUAUCGCGGCCCCUAAAGGCAAACAGACAAGGAAGCCAACUGUGUUGGGAAAUCGGGUUGAAAAUGGGCAAAAUAACGAGAACAAAAAGAAUGUUGUGGUUCCAGUGGCUCAGUUUGAGGCGUUUACUGUGUAUGAGGAUGAUGAAUACAGAGCAAGAAUUGAUGAACGACUCAAGCUUAUCAGUAAGAGUAAUGUGUAUAAAGGAACUGCUGAAGACAGGUUUAUCACCAAGACAGAAUUGGCUGAAAUUGAAAGGAAAAAGAAUUUGGAGAAAAUGAAGGAAAUCCUGGAAAUUCCUGCGCCACUAGUUGGAAGAGAAUCAGACAUUCCAAUGAGUGUUGAGAAAUCGGAUGUGGAGAACGUUGAGCUCAAAGAGAAAGCAGUCACAAAAAGUACCAAUGCUAGAGAUGUCUUUUUUGAAAUGGAGGAAUAUAGGGAUAGCAUUUUUGCUUAUCUUAAAGAACAUGAGCUACGACACCGAGCAAAACCCGGCUAUAUCCUCAAACAACCCGAUGUAACUGAAAACAUGCGUGCUGUGUUGAUCGAUUGGCUUGUCGAAGUUACUGAAGAGUACGGUAUGCAAACGGAAACCCUUUAUUUGGCGGUAAAUUUCAUCGACCGGUUUUUAAGUUACAUGUCAGUAGUAAGGGCCAAAUUGCAACUCGUGGGUACCGCUGCAAUGUUUAUUGCUUCUAAAUAUGAAGAAAUUUUCCCACCUGAAGUCAGUGAAUUUGUAUACAUCACUGACGACACCUAUGACAAACAUCAAAUGAUCAGGAUGGAACAGUUAAUUUUAAGGGUGUUGGGAUUCGAUUUGUCGGUUCCCACACCACUCACGUUUCUAAACGCCAUCUGCAUUUCUACAAAGCAAACCGAAAAAGUCAAGAAUCUCGCAAUGUAUUUAAGCGAAACGGCGCUUUUGGAAGUUGAACCGUAUUUACAUUUUUUGCCAUCAGUUGUCGCAUCGUCGGCGAUAGCUCUCAGCAGACACACUUUGGGGGAGGAAGCGUGGCCUGCUGAAUUACAAAAAUACACAGGAUAUGAUUUGCAAAAAUUAGAAUCGUGUAUUGGAUUUUUGUAUAAUAUGUUUGUCAAAGCGCCAAAUAAUCCACAGCAUGCUAUUAGGGACAAGUACAAGGCGCCGAAGUAUAUGCAAGUUUCUAAGAUUAGUCCCAAUCGUGAAAUGAUUUCGUUUGAUUAAAAGACUGCUGUACUUCUUACAGGCCUUGCGUAAUUUUCUGGUCUAGUUUUUAUUAUUAGAUUUAUUAAUUAGAAAGUAAUAAUUUAUAGUAAGCUGUGCUGUGCUGUCUUUUUCAUGUCUACGGUCAAAUAUUGUUUUUAUUUUGCACGGUGUUUUUUUAUUUGCGAAAUUUUUGUCUUUUAUGUUUUAUAGUAAUUGGAUUAACUUUUUUAAAAUGUUUACUCUCGUUGAAACUGGCUUGUUUCGUGGACAUUGUACAGUUUAUUUAUUUGUUUUAAGUAGUAUAAGAAUCAAAUCGAUUGCCAUUCCUUACUAACAAGUUGGACAAAAUUGUCUAAUUAACAAUUUUUGAUAUUUUUGUAUACGCAAUAAAUUGUGGACUGAAA